UCAGUCCCUCCCCUCUCCCUGGUUAUCUCUCGCCUUGACUAUUGUAACUCCCUCCUCAUUGGCCGACCUCAUCGCAGGCUAUCCCCUCUGCAGUCUAUCAUGAAUGCUGCUGCCAGACUCAUCCACCUUACUAACCGUUCUGUAUCUGCCACCCCUCUCUGCCUAUCCCUCCACUGGCCUCCACCCCUCUCUGCCAAUCCCUCCACUGGCCUCCACUCAGUGUCCUCCACCCCUCUCUGCCAAUCCCUCCACUGGCCUCCACUCAGUGUCCUCCACCCCUCUCUACCAAUCCCUCCACUGGCCUCCACUCAGUGUCCUCCACCCCUCUCUGCCAAUCCCUUCACUGGCCUCCACCCCUCUCUACCAAUCCCU